GCUGCAUGAGAGAAGGAACCAACACAGGAAACAUCUUUGGAAAUACUAAAUCAAGCAAUGGCUUAUGUUAGGCUUGCUCCUUUGGCUCUCUUCUUUCUUGCCACUUCAGUAAUAUUCUCGAUGAAAAAGACCGAAGCAGUGGUUUGUUCGGGUGUUUGUUCACCGUUUGAGGUUCCACCAUGUGGCUCGACGGAUUGUCGUUGUAUCCCCGUUGGACUAUUUGUUGGUUACUGCACAUAUCCAAGUGGACUUGCAUCGGUUACAAAGAUGAUCGUUGAACAUCCCAACCUAUGUCAAUCUCACCUUGAAUGCAAGAAGAAAGGAAGUGGAAACUUUUGUGCUCGUUAUCCCAAUAACUAUAUGGAUUAUGGUUGGUGUUUUGACUCUGAUUCUGAAGCACAAGCACUAAAAGGUUUCCUGGCAAUGCCAAGGGUAAUCGCCAAGUGAUAUGGGUAUGCCAAAUGAAUGUAACCACGCAUGAAGCAUCUACUACUUUAACUAAAUAAAAGCUUAUGAUGCAUCACUACUUUCAAUAAUAAAAGGAGUCUUCCAGAUCUUUGGUUUCCAACUCAUCGUUGGUUAUUUGUAGACUCCAUGUACGUUUA